AUGACAAAUCAAUCAUUUCAUUCUUAUUUAACAACAUUACCAAUACCAUCAAUUAAUGUACAUGAAAAUCUUUUAUAUGAUACAAAAAUGGUUGAUGAUAUUGGAUCAGCUACAUCAUCAUAUAUUCAUUGUAAUGAAAAUUAUGAUAAUCCAUAUGUGCAUACAUAUGAUAAUCCAAUUGAAUGUCUUGAAAAUUAUAAUAUUAAACAAAAUUUAAUUAAUCUUUCACAUGAUAAUGAAAAUUUAUAUGAUAAUGCACAGAAUGAAAUAAUUGAUGAUAAUGAAAAACAUUAUUCAUCAAAUACUUCUCAUAGUACAUCACCUAUACUAUUCUAUCUUGAAAAUAAAAGUUUAGCUUUAUAUGCAUGUACUAUUUCGUUACUUUUAUUAUUAAUUAUUAGUUUCGGAAUAUUUCUAUUAAAUAAAUUUAUUCGUCCUGCUGUUGUUAAUACGACUGUUAAUUAUCAUUAUGAUACAAUGAAUAUAUCGAAUACAUCAACAACAUCAAUCAUAUCUCGAUCGACUAUUUCGUCAACACUUCUUAUACUAUUAACACAAUCAUCAACUACUAUUCCGACAUCAACAACUACAACAGCAAUUGACAAUUUAUCGUUUCCAAAUAUAUUGUGUUCAUCCGAUCGUUGGGGUAUUGGAUGUAAAAAUAUCUGUAAACCAUGUGGUCUCGGUAUAUGUCAUCCAAUUACAGGCAAAUGUAUCUGUCCAACAGAUAUUUAUGGCGAAUUCUGUGAUUUAUGGAAAGUUGAAGAUAAACCAAAACGAGGCGAUAUGAUGAGUUGA